AUGAUACAAGCUCUUCAGAAACAACAUUCUCCAUCAUCGUUGUACAAGAACGUGCCGAAUACUUCUCCUGAAAACUAUUCCAACAGAAUCUCCUCCUCUCUGGACCAACCGUCCAGCGACUCUCUAUCCAUCAUUAAUCCGAACAACAAUAACUCAACAACAACCUCCUCCAAUAACACUCAAUCAUGCCAUCCCUUUCUCUAUCAAUUAGGUUCUUUCAGUAGAGAUAACACGACAACAGCGGUUGCCAGAGGAUCAUGUCCCGAGGCAUGGUCUGUAUUUCCAAUCAGCCUCUUUUUACUCUUGUUUUAUAUCCUCCUUUUUGUGGUGAGUUUAAUGGGACUCUUUUACAAACGAAAGAGUGGACAUGUACGAGCGAGGAAUCCAGUAUUCAUGAUUCUGAACAUGAUCGCUUGUUUAAUUUGUGUCCUUAUUAUUUGUUUGAGGUUUGUGGUGGGAAGAAAUGACUAUCCUUGUGGAAUUUACUUAUUGACAUGGUUUGUGUUGCCUUCUCUGAUUUGUUUACCGACUAUUUUCAAGUGUUUGAGGUUGUUCAUGAUGUAUCGAUUGAAUUUACAUAAAACCAAAAUGAUGGAAAUGAUGAAGAAAAGCAGUGCCACAACCACCACACAAUUAGAGGGCAAGCAUGAUGGUGCAGAGGAGGAUCAUCCAGUCGUUGAAGACUCAGUGUCCCAGAUCAACCACAACAAACAAGAACACGAUCCAAGCACCAACCCUGUCAUGAACCAACCAACUACGCAAGUCAGCGAAGAGCAAAUAAGGGCGAGCUUUGAAAAGAAGAUGAAAAUUUGUUCUUUUGUUGCGAGCUAUAAGCUGAUAGUUCCUACCUUUUUCGUGGUUGCUGUAUUUAAUGUCAUGAUAUUUCUAAUAUUAGGAGGUUAUGAAUAUAGUGAAAUGGAAUCAAACAACAAACCUAUAUUCUCAAACGGGCAAGGAGGACUCUUUGUUUUUAAUAUUGGAUGUCGUUCGAGUUGGUCAACAGCCUAUGUGUUAAUAUCCAAUGUAGUUCUUUAUUUGAUAUUGGAAAUAUCAGCUUUGAUUUUAUUAUUUUUUGUUGAGAGAGACACUUGGUUUAUUAAGCGAGAGGUAUUGAUCAUGGUGGUAAUUCAAAUUGCUUCCUCAGUGACAUUCUUUGUUUGUUUUUCAAUACCCAUAGUGACAUCUCUUGUGGACUAUAUUGUGCCUUAUGGAUUAAUUUGGAUUGUUGAAAAUUGCUUGGAAACGCUUAUCAACGUGACGUUUCCUGUAAUAUAUGCUUUUAUUUGGGACCAAAGAAAAACCAAAAUCAAACAAGAUUUAGCCAAUCAUACCUGCCUUACUUACUUCCUCUCAAAAAAGAAAACCUUUAACAUGUUUUUAGAUUUUUGCAGAAGAUCUUUCUGUGUAGAGAAUAUUCUUUGUUAUGACAUGAUUCAAAUGUACAAAAAGUCAUCCACAAUCAAGAACAGAAAAAAGCUUGCGUUGGACAUUUGUGAAACGUUUCUUAAACCUGGAGCACCUCUACAGCUUAAUUGGUCCAACAUUACCAAGAAGUAUCAAGAAAUAAGCAGUAUUGUUAAAGCUGGUGUCAUAUUAGAGUACAGCUUAUUUGAUGAAGUAUUGUUUGUUUGUUUAACCAACAUGACAGACGCUUUCGAAAGAAUGAAGGCGCAUCAUGUUCAAGUUAGGAACUAUCUCUCAGAGUGGAUGACUGCGUAUGAUCGAUCACAACAUGAGUUUCAUGUUUAG